CUGAACGGAGAGCGGAGGUUUUCUCUUUGUGUGUGCGAUUGUGUAUUUGAAAUGUAAUCCGUUUUUUUUCUUUUCUGUAUAGCAGCUGUACACUGCUGUCGUGUACCCGGCCAGGUGCUGGAUGUCUGUGACUAUUUUCUGGUAUUAUGUGGCUGUAUUGUCAUAUGUCACUCUUAAGACAACGUACUCUGUUGACAAGGCCGGAUGCACUGUCAAAUAUCUGUGCUUUUUAAAGAGGGCACAUGUAUAAUUAGCAUUAAUAGAUAUAAUUAUGUUUGUCUGUCCGGUGCAUUUCUACAUGGUUAUGUAAAUCUACAGGAAAUGUCUCAGUAAGUAAUAAGGGCUAGGUUAGGACCCCACUAAGCUGUGACCAGAGUGUGUGUAUCCAGUGCAGCUAGUGUGUGUUAUUUUUUCUUCUUCUUUCCCCCCCCGCUGUGGCGACCCUGCUCUGCUCCCCUCUGGCGGGCUCAGUGUGAGCAGAGCAGCUGAGGAGAGGCACUCACGUGGCUGCCUGGAAAAGAGCAGGCACAUGCUCCCUCCGUCUUCCCCCGCUCCUCACUAUCGCUGUCCUCCUCGCUUGUUUCCCCCCCGUUCCCCUCGGUGUCUCACAGGGACAAACGGAUCCACAUCCAGGUGGCCCUGCUCUGGCUUUUUUCUUUUCAACCUGUUUCACCACAGUGUGUGCACUUUUUCCGUCGUCCCUCCUUCUAUCCUCUCCUCCCCCUGUGUUUGUUUAUGCUCCUCCUCCUCAUCUUGCCUGAUAUUUUUAGAGGCGAAUUACAGAGCACUGCAGGAGAGAGAAAAAAAACAGAGGGGGAGCAGUUUCGGCAACGUGCGUCCCGCUUCCUUGCUUCUCACUUUCAUGAGGAUCUCUUCUUUUCCCUAUAGGACCUCUUUUUUUUCACUCUCUCUAUAUAUAUCUGUGUCCUUCUAUCAUUUGCAACCCUCUCUCCUCUCUGCUUUUCUAUACCACUCAAAUCUAUUACUUGACUCUCCAGUCGUUUUUUUUUUUUUUACUUCAGACUGUGUCGACUGUAGCUUUGAACAUUUCCUCUGAGGGCUUCAUGAGAUUAAUUAGAUAGAGUGCAUACUGUAUGUGUCUUCCUGUUUGGCACAUACACACAGGUUACUUUACCACUGAACAGCCAUCUGUUAGCAUCCCAUAGUCUCUUAUACAUAGAGAUGAAACUGUCUGGCUAGCUAGCUGGGUAUAGUUUGCAUGCCAUGUUGUCAUGUUAUAUAACGGCGCAUACGUAUGUAGAUUUACUGUAUCCGAUAGGAUGCAUCCCAAGUAAAUGUCAUAAUAUGAUUUUUACCUUUUAAUCAAGAAUGUGUCUGUAAAAGGUUUAUUUCAAAAAUGACGCUUUAUUUCAGCUGUGUUUCAGUCCACCUUGAAGGGGGAAAACUCGAUGAAGGAAGAAGUGAUCGUUAUCGGUUCCCCUCGUAAAUUCAUCAAAGGGAGGAUCCAGCUGAAAUCUCACUCUGGUUAUUUGUGAUAUUUUUUUUUGAGCUGCGUUCUGUUCUCCCAGAGACAAUCUGCUUCUUCGGCAAAACGGUGUGACCUAGAGGUCAUCCCAUCACUCAAUACCUCAAUCACUUCAUUUGUUGUCCUUUGUUAUAAACCAGUAGCUGCCACCUGAUAAAGCAGCUUAUUUAUCUACACGGGAUGCAGUGAUUUAUCCGCGCUGGUUUGGCGCUCUCCAGGUACUCGAGUGAACUAGACAAUGAUUCUUGUUUACUCUCAGUAGGUUUUUAUUAGUGCAAAAGUAUUUGUUCCGUUUUAUCUCGUGACUGGCUGCUGGCAAAUGAGACUCCUAAAGAUUAGGAUGAAGCUCUGAUUAUUGUGUCAUGCUUUGCCGUUAUAUUUAUUGGGUUUUUGAGGCAUAUUACUCAGAUUUGAUCUUAACAUGUACUGAAAUUGCAUGAAAUGAAAGCCAAGAUAGAAUAGUUGAGAUGAUGAUUGUGAUCUGAUGGAAACGACGGGAGUGUAAAAGAAAUAUUGGUCAUAGUGAUAAGAAAGAAUCUCAUGAUGUCGAUGUCAGGGGAAAGUCGAUGUCAGGGGAAGCGAGUGUCAACGAGUUUUUGUUUGUUUUGUCACAGUGCACGCUGUGAUUGAGAGCCGGGGGGGGGGUAUUUUUGCAGCAUUACUUGUCAGAAAGAGAGAGGGAGAGAGAGAGAGAGAUUUGGCAGUGGCCCCGAUGUGGGGAUGUUUGCUCUCGAUACGACAUUUGGUGUGACUUAAAUCUGCAUGCAAAACAUCUGCACACAGAUGUGCACACGCAGCCAACAGCAGCAGCUGUAGCAACAGCGAGGCACAGACAGCAAGCUUGAGCUGGAGCUUACUCUCUGCACGUGGCACCACGGACAAGCCUGUUGAUGCUGCCUGACAGUCGGACAGACCGAGUGCCGACUCGCAUACGUAAAUGCCCGUGUGUAUCUUUACACCCGAGUCGUCUGGUCAAUUGUUCAGCUCCUUGAACGUAUUGAUCUUUGCCAAUCGGAGCCAGGCGACUGUGGUGUUUUCUCUGCUUAAUGUCAUGGUCGGAGCUCUGUGGAGUAGCCUUCUGUCUGCCAUUUCUGCUUUUACGUCCCUUUGAGACUGCAGCUUUUUAGCUCAUGCAUGCUGUCAUGCAGACAAACGGAACAUCAAAGACUUUUGGAAACUUGCAACAUCCACCAACAUAUGCACGGAUGCUUCAGAUCCUCACAUAACGCACAUGCACGCCAAACCCCCAGGCGUGUACCAUCCAGUGCCGAGCCACUCAUGGUCUCUCUGGGCUAUUUUAAAACUGACUUCCCAAUUGUAGCUCCCAGGUCUCUGGACCAAGAAGCAUCAUUUCAAUAUGUGAAGUAUUAGAGAGGGAGAGGUUCUACUGCGUUAACUGUAGGUGAGCUGCUGGUCGAUCAGCUGCUCCUCCAGAUUUAAAACGGUAAUCAAAAGUCACGAUUAAAACUAUUUCUACAUGCUCGGAAAACAUGAAUGUCCACAGCUAAGAGUUUGUUUAAGAAUGUACUGGGAGGCUUGGAACCAACAGCAGCCUUACAGAUAAAGCACUGCACCAUCAGACUGGCCCACAACGGACUUCCGAGUUCACAGCAGUAGCCCUGCAGUGAAGAGAAACCGCAGAAUUGUUUCCCUUCUGGCCACUGCAUAUUAACACUCCCUCUCUCUACCCCUGUCCCCUUUUCCCCUUUUCCCCUUUUUUUAUAUAUAUACUGCAUCCUUCCCACAAGCCAUUUGUCUUCGCUGAUUAUGCUCUAUUCCCCGGCACACUCUUCUGCCUGCUCACAAUACAACCGGCUUUUUUUUUUUUCUAUCUUUGGGCUGUGAGGGAAUAUGAUGGAUGAUGCAUUGAUUGGUUUGCAAUGAUUGAUAAAGUCGCUGGAGAAACUUUUGCUUUGCUUGCAUAGCGCUUAAUGAGAAAGGAUUUGUGUCUAAAGUGGUAUUUUGUGUUCGCAUUAAUAAGGACUAAGGAAGGCUGGUUGCAUUAAUCUUAGUAUUAUGACGGGUGCAUUUGCUUCCAGGUUACUUUUAAAGUAUCAGUCAUUCCGUCCAUGACACAUGACAGUCAUGAGUACCCCUCCCUGAUGUAUGUCUGAUGAAAAGGAUUCACGUUUGCAUUCCAUGGUUUCUCAAAUAUAGCUUGUCCAAAAAAACAAAAAAAGUUAAUUUUCAAUUAAGCUUUUUAAAAGCACGACCGGAACCUGCUUCCCUCCCUCCUGUCUUAUAAACUGGCAUGUGUUUAUGUGUACAUGGAAGUAAUUGUUUUAAUCUAAUAUAUUAGUUAUUUGUUGAGUUAACACUUGAGGAAUCCAAACUUAACCUUAUGCACCUGCAGGCUCCCUGUGUUUCAUUAUGCCCGCACAGACAGCUACAUGUGAUCGGUGACAUCAUAAGAGCUGGGAAUGAACUUCUCCCUUUUAGCGCCGAACAAAUAACUGCUAAUGAGAAAUGAAAUAAAUUUAUGCCAUUUCUUAAAUAGGGCUGCAACUAACAAUUAUUCUCAUUAUCGAUUAAUCUGCAGAUGCUUUCCUUUAUCAUUUGAUUAAUCAACAAUGUUUUUGUCUGCAUGACAUUAGGAAAUAGUGAAAAUGGCCAGUAUACGUAAAAGAUAUUUGUAUAGUAGACGUAAAACUAAGUGUUAUGUAAUACACACCUGCUAGACAGGAAAUUGAAAUGAUGUGAAAGAAAAGGUUGAAUUCCUUCACACUGUCAACACUGCGUUUAUUAGUGACACAAAGGGAUAAUAGGUGCACAAAUGAAGCCCAUACAGAGACUUAAAGAUAACACUUUUGAUCAAACAGAAAUAGUUACUGUAGAUCUCACACACAGACACAAGGAAAGAUGUGGAAGUGAUGCUUAGAACUUGACAGCAUCAAAGCGUCCUAUGUGGCCAAUAUUCUGGUAGAGACUAGAAAUAUCAGAGAUGACUGAGAAACUCUCUGUAUCUUUCUUUCAUUUAUGCAUUUUAGGUAAGUAUACAAAACCAGCUUCAAUUUAGAUGUUUAGGAACUACAGGGCUGUGUUAAGAUGCUAAACCGCUUGAAAUUCACUGUAGAAUAUAGUACAGGAUAGGUUGCCUCUAAUAAACGCUGUGAUGAUGGUGAUGGUGGGAAUUCAAUCUGUUCUUUCCCCAACAUAUAUCUAUCUAACUAAAGUGGAAGGAGAGUCUAUUUAUAUGUUUGCGGUUCAGGAACUGCAGCGACUAGUGUGAAGUUGUUUGGAUGAGCGUUUCUCGAGAUGAUAUUCCGGGUGGUGCCGUUUGAAUUUAAAUCGGUGAUGUUUAAUUAUAGCUGCUUUUAAAACAGGUUCUUGGACCCAGAGGUACAGUAGGUCACGGCUUCAAUGAGAACCCAAAAAUUGUUAGAGGCCUAUGUUAGGUUGCCACACAUUGAGGAUAAUUAGGCAGCUUAAUUAAGCCUGGACUAAAUGCUUAAAUCAUGCUCGUGGGAUUGGAUUUAAAUAGUUUUUAGGAAAGCUAACGACACACAGUGGUUUCACUCCGUAUUUGAUUGUUUUUGUACGAUACUGACACACGGCUAUCAACACAAAAAGUUUGUGUCCGGAUCUUUCAAACUAUCUUCCCGAGCGAAAUAGAGAUAUCGUCUGUCAGGGAGCCACCGCUGGCUCCUUUCACUCCGGACAUGUUCACAGCAAAGUGCCCUUAAACUCCGGGGCUUUGUAGAUAACUAAUGGCGUGUGUUAAUGCUUUAUGCUGCAGCAUCAUCACCCCGUUACACACACAAACACACAAACACACACCCUCCUGCAGCUCUCUCGUUGUCCCUCUAGUUGGGAACACUUCAAGUAGCGGUGCACAUGAAUGGCUUGACGGGCUGCCAUGGCAACUGCACGGUCGAGACACAGUCGGUCUUGACGGACAUUUCCGACCCAGCCAGGCGUCGCCACAUUUUAUGUUGCCGUGACAACUCGGUAAACAGCAUGCCUUUCCUCUCAGAAAGAUGGAGAAAUUAGUUGGAGUGUUUAACAUUUGGUGGGGGUGUGUUCGGCUUACAUUUACACCAGAAUGAAUUGGGGGGGGGGGGGGGGGUGGUUGAAAAUGCUCAAGCCUGUCAAGUCUGUCAGUCAUGAGUGAAUCAACAGCAAAGGGCCCACGGCCAUUCAUUACGUACCAUUUCUCUGAGUGCGUGUGGUCAAUUUGACCAUCUGCAUGUCCCCUGGGCGCAACAACAAAGAGAGGAGAGGUCCCUCUAAGUAGGUCAGUUGUUGGUGCGAGGCCGGGCGGGCUUAUCUGAGCACACAGUGGUCCGGCUCAGUGGACCAGCUCCCUUUGUUCCACAGCACGGCUCCGCUCGGCGCUCCCACAGAGGCCGCCAGCAUUGCUGCAGCCCCGGGGUCAAGUCUUUCCAGCAGCACAGCUCAGGGCUCCGUUUGCUUCUUAAUAGAGAUCCAGAGGUGACUGUUGUCAUCUUUAUGUAUGAACAUGUGAAUGGGUCACCUUAACAUUACCUCCCUUAUUUUGUUAGUGAUACAGUUUGUGUGAUAGUUAACAUGUAAAUACUACUGUAGCUGUCAUCUUUUGAUAAGAAGUGCACAUGGAGACACCAGUUAGUUAGCAGUGAGUGUGUAAUGCACCGAAACACUUGUUGGACACCCAGUUGCAGCCAUGUGGAUAAAGCCUUUCACUGUGUGGGUCACCAUUCUCUUUUUUGUAAGAGCUGAUUGACUUGUGGGGAUGUUUGAAAUUAGGCCUCAUCCAACUUCCUUAUAGGUUUUGGAUUACUGAAUCAACAAAAAAGUGAAUACUGAUAAUUUACAUUAUAUACAUACACUAACACAUUAUGUAUAAAAGUAUACAUGUUAAUAUAAUAUAAUGUUCCAAAUGAUACUCAGCUUUCUUAACAUUAUAAUCUAUAUUUUUCACAGCAGACAUGUUGCCUACUUAUAUUAAAGCAUGGCAUAAAAAAACAAACCAGGGUGCAAAGUUUUUAUGCUUGGCUGAGGAGGAAAAGUUGAUCUAUCGAUAACAACAAUGUGCAACAAAGUGCAAUGGAAAGAAACAUGUAAACUACAAACCAUGAUAUACAUGAAGCAUGUGAUGUAUGUGUCACUCAAACUUCCACUGGAGAGAUAAAAAAUAGUGGUUAAGUGUGGAGCGCAUGAGGAGACUGUAACCUUCCACCAGUUGAUACAUGAUGAAACAAACAUGAAACGCACUUUAACUUGCACAUUUUCUGGAAAAGUGGUUCAAUGUUGAGCUACAUUUGGAUGGAAACCUGAUUUGUUUGGGAGUGAGCCAGCAGGCACAAAACCAGAACCCUGAAACUCAAGCAGCUAAAUGGAAUGCGGCCAUUGUUGAUUUUAUUAUUUACACAUGUGCUCUUCCUUCUGUGUCACUACAAAAUGUCUUCGGUGCCAAAAGGCCAAGUUAAAAGUUUUGUUGUUAUGCACCAAUGUUAUGACUAAAACUGCUAUAGAAUAAAAUAUCAGGUUUGGAUAAUUCACUGGGUUUGAACAGACUCCUACAAUACAAUAACACAAUAAUCAGUUUAAUAUGUAACUGCAAUGAAAUUCACAUAGAAAUAGUUUUUCAAGUAGGUUCAUUGGAAGUAUAAAAUAGAUGGUAAUGAUGCACAGUGGAUAAUUCAUAUUGUCUUUUAUGUAUCUCUAUUUAUCGGACCAUAACAAACAACUGAAGCACAGAAUAUGUCAUUUAAUGUUUGGAACGGGGUUCUGCUUGUAAUUAUUUAUUGGAUAUUAACAAGAUACAACAAGCUUUGCAAUAGUUGAACCCAUUUCUUGACACCCUGGUGUCAAUGUACUGCCACAUUGAAAAUAUCGUUAAGUACGUCACACUCGCAUGUCUUCAACACUAAGAACGUUGGCCUUCACUUUUACUUUUUCUGAUUGUAGACUUCUAAUUGAUUUUCAAAGCAAAGCAAGUUGAAUUAUGUGCCGCUGUGCGUCUAUGUGAAACCAUGAUAUGUGUUUACCAGAAACCCCGCUCCAGCUUGUUGUGUGAUUUAGAGGGAGCUAUGGAUGUAAAGUGACCCGAAUGGCGGUGAUGUCAGCCCGUCCAUUCAUGAAGCACAUGAAUAAUUGAGGGAGCAGCAGGUUCAGUGCACCAGCACCAAGUAGAGGUGGAAUGCAAAGUGAAAGCCCCCCCCCCCCUCUCUCUCUCUAUCUAUCUCUUUCUAUCCGCUUGCACAUUCUUCAUAUCUAUUGUCAGUCUGUAGCCGUGAAAUUCUGUGAAACAGGGAGCAGAGAGGAGAGCCUUGCUUGGAUUCUAGCGGAUGCAGUAAUAGCGCUGAUGGUCCAACGGCUGGGAGAGCGGAGGAAGAAAAAGGGGCGAAUAGAAAGGUGCAGGCUGCUGGAGAGAGAAGGAGCUUAUCGGCCUCAAUUCAGACAAAGGAGAAGAAGAGUGAACGAUAGGAAGAGGAAGAAAAAAGACGGAGCCCGCUCUCCAGAGAGAGAGAAACUGUUCUCACCGUCUGCCGGGGAAAUACGUUCUUUUUUUAAUCUCCCUCGGCUGCGUCUGCUUCCUCCUCCUUUUUCCUCCCGGCAUGCUCCAGAACUCGUUCACCCUCCUUACCUAUAUCCCUCAUCCCUCUCUCUCUCUCUCUCUCUCUCUCUCCCCCCCCCUCCUCCUCCUCCUCCAUCUCCUUCCUCCUAUGCCUCAUCCACGGCUCCCGCUGCGUGAAUGACUCCAUUUGAAAAGGGCUGAUCGCUGCGGAGCAGCUCUCUACAUGGCUACGACCAGCACUGCCAGUAACUCAAACAAGAGCACACCCGCCUGCUCACCAGUCCUGCGUAAACGCUCGCGCUCUCCCACACCACAGAGCCAGGAGGGUGAGAACAUGGUGGAGAAGGGUUCAGACCACUCCUCUGACAAAUCCCCCUCCACGCCCGAGCAGGUCGUCCAGAGAACAUACUCGCUGCAGUCAGCAAGAAGCGGGGGGAAGAACUCAAAGUCUCACAAGCGACUUUCCAAAUAUGACAGACUAAACCUGAUUAAAAAGAGCCAAAGCUGGUACAACCAUGAAAGACAACACAUCUUGAGAGUGCUGAGCCCAACAUACAAGCAGCGCAAUGAGGACUUUAGGAAACUCUUCAAGCAGCUCCCUGACACAGAGAGACUCAUUGUGGACUACUCCUGUGCUCUUCAACGGGACAUCCUCCUGCAGGGACGACUCUACCUCUCCGAGAACUGGAUCUGUUUCUACAGCAACAUCUUCCGCUGGGAAACGCUGCUGACAGUGCGGCUAAAGGACAUCUGCUCAAUGACAAAAGAGAAGACUGCCCGCCUCAUUCCCAAUGCCAUCCAGGUCUGCACGGACACCGAGAAGCACUUUUUCAGCUCCUUUGGAGCCAGGGACAGGACUUACAUGAUGAUGUUCAGACUGUGGCAGAAUGCGCUGCUGGACAAGCCCCUGUGCCCCAAAGAACUGUGGCACUUUGUUCAUCAGUGCUAUGGCAACGAGCUGGGCCUAACGAGCGAUGAUGAGGACUAUGUUCCCCCUGAUGAUGACUUCAACACCAUGGGGUUCAGUGAAGAGAUUCCCAACGAAGAGAAUGAGAUCAACAAUGACAACUUGUCUAAGAGCAGCGCUGACGCCAAGCCUGAGGGGAGCCCUCCUCCGCUGCAUAAGAAGAUGGUUCCAAACAGCACCAUGCCCAGCCCAGGCAACCAUGACGCACCCAUCACUUUUGACCUCCCAGCAGAAGAGUAUGCAGACUGCCUACCGGUCAGCGAGCUGCUUGCGCUGCCCCUUUUGGUGGAAGAGAGGAACAUUGAUACCAGCGGGCCUGGUGGUCCUGUCCCCUCACCGUCUCUGGACUUCAAUGACAACGAAGACAUCCCGACUGAGCUCAGUGACUCCUCGGAAACACACGACGAGGGUGAAGUGCAGGCCUUUCAUGAGGAUCUGAAUGGCAGGCAGCACAUCAAUGAGAUCUACAAGUUGAGUGUGGACAAGCUCUACGGGAUCCUCUUCACAGAGUCGGAGUUCAUGAGUGACUUCAUGGAACAGAGGCGAUUCUCAGAUGUGGUGUACCACCCGUGGAAGAAAGAGGAGGCUGGGAACCAGACGAGAGAGAUCAUGUACACCAUCUCGCUGUCCAACCCGCUGGCCCCCAAAACGGCCACAGUCACAGAGACACAGACUCUGUACAAAGCCAGCCAGGAAAGUGAGUGUUACAUCAUCGACGCUGAGGUCAUCACGCAUGACGUGCCCUACCACGAUUACUUCUACACCCUCAACCGCUACAUGCUCACCAGGGUGGCCAAGAACAAAUGUCGGUUACGGGUAUCGACAGAGCUGCGCUACAGGAAGCAGCCGUGGGGGCUGGUGAAAGGCUUCAUAGAGAAAAACUUCUGGAGCGGACUAGAAGAGAACUUCCGCCAUCUAGAGUUGGAGCUGUCCAAGAUGGAGGACUUACUGACCGAGGCCCACCAGCUGUCUCCGAAGGCCAAGGUGGUGAAAAACUCCACGGUGAGGCGGAAGAAGAGGCCACUCCCCCACAUGCGCAGCCAGCAUCUGGACGAGGCGCUCAGCCCCGUUACCACGCCGACAGAUGAGGAAGUGAUUCAGAGGAUCAAACAAGUGGCCGGCUCCACGCAAACCAGACACCGGAGUCCAGAACACCAUCACCUGCCAGGAGGCCUUGCUCUGUACAGCGUCUCCAAAUUGCUGCUCAUCAUCAGCUUUGUGAUCUGUCUAAGCCUGGUCCUGCUGGUGUUCCUCAACAUGAUGCUCUUCUACAAGCUGUGGAUGCUGGAGUAUUCCGCACAAUCCUUAACAACCUGGCAAGGUCUGCGGCUUCAUGAAAGUAAACUGCCUCAGACGCAGAUGGAGUGGGCCCAGCUCCUGGAGGCGCAGCAGCGUUUCCAUGAUGCCGAGCUGCUGAAGUGGAGGGAGAUUAUCAAGUCGUCGGUUGUGCUGCUAGACCAGAUGAAAGACUCGUUAUUGAACCUCCAGCGAGGCAUUGGUUUAAGGGACUACAGCUCCGAGGCUGAGGAGAAGAGAAGUCGAUAUCACUGACACACCGCCAACAAGGCCAUGAGGGCAUGCUGUGCAAUAUACUGUAGGACCUGUUUUGUUUGUGAACCAGUAUGAGGGCAGCAGCUAGACCGACAGAGAGGACAGAGGGGGAGGCGAGACCAACGGUGAGCUGGUCUGAUGGACACAAAGAGGGCAGCCCUUGUCUCCAGCGCACAGAGGUUGAAACCCCCGGGAGGAGGAAAUCACGGACAGAAAGUGCCCCUUUCACACACAGGACUGAGGUGUCCCCAACAUCACUGAGGCAUUGUGGGAAGGUGCUCCUUCGCUACACCUGUGGGAUGAACCGUUUUCUUCUACUCUCUUAUUUCCAAGUGCAUCCUACUGUAAGCCAUGUCGACCAGAGAGUCGCAGAGAGAAAGGAGGAAAACUACUGCAUGCAUUUAGACAACCUAGCUCCCCUCAGUCAGUGUUAAUGUGGUCCAGUUCCAGUCUAUGUGUGUCACAAAAAAAAAAA